UUCUGUUGCAAUUCUACCCAGUUCCCAUUAAAAUUUCAGUCAGUGUAUGAUCGCAAGGAAUACAUGACAGAGAUCUGCACUCAUGAAUUGGUUUUCUGUUCUGGCAAAAAAUGAUUGGAAGACUCACUUUAUAUUGUGGAAUAGCAAUGCUGCAUUGGCACAUUAUCUACCCUGUUUGCGAAGAUCUUUGCAUAAUGGUGACUUCAACAUUCAUCCCUUGGUAAAAGAAGCUAUGGAGAGUAGAAAACCAGUUGUUGCCUUGGAAAGCACCAUAGUCACACAUGGCAUGCCAUAUCCACAGAAUCUGAGCAUGGCCAGAGAAGUGGAAGAAAUUGUCAGAGCAAAUGGGUGUGUGCCAGCAACUAUUGGCAUAUUAAAUGGCCACAUCCAUGUGGGCCUCCAAGAUGAAGAACUGGACACUCUGGGAACAGCCAAGGACGUCGUGAAAGUCUCUCGCAGAGACUUCCCCUAUGUUCUCAGCCAGGGAUUGUCUGGGGGAACUACUGUUUCCGGAACCAUGAUUGUGGCACACAAAGCAAGAAUUCCAGUUUUUGUAACUGGAGGAAUUGGAGGAGUCCACCGGGGAGGAGAAAAGACUUUGGACGUGAGUGCUGAUCUGACUGAGUUAAGUCGUACUCCAGUUGCUGUAAUUUCUGCAGGUGUAAAGUCUGUACUUGAUAUUGGCAGGACACUGGAGUAUCUAGAAACUCAAGGUGUCUGUGUGGCCACCUUUGGAAAAUCAAGAGAAUUCCCAGCCUUCUUCUCUCACCAAAGUGGCUUCCAAGCACCAUAUCAGGUGCAGGAUGAGAACGCUGCUGCUCAACUGAUUGAAAAAGAUCACAGGAAAGGAGCUUACACCCUUUUUGCUGCAGAGGGUAAAUGAGUUAUCUGGUGGAGAGUCACUGAAGUCCAAUAUUGCAUUGAUCAAGAAUAAUGCCAUAGUGGGCAGCCGCAUUGCUGUAGCCCUGAACAGGCUCCAAAGAGGUCAAGGUGGGAGAGGCAGCUUGUCUCAAAAUGAAAACACACCUAGUGUGCCAAGGCCAGUAGUCAUUGGUGGCAUCAACAUUGACAUCAUAGCCAAGGCAAAAGCUGCAGCAAUAAAAGAUGGGGGGCAGACAAAUCCGUCUACAGUGAGACAAUCUUUUGGCGGUGUUGGCAAAAAUCUAGCAGAUUGCUUAAGUCGUCUUGGGAAGAUGCCCGUUUUUAUCUCAGUCAUGGGGAAAGAUGAACAUUCAGAAUCUGUUUUGCGACACUGCAGGCAUAUGGAUAUGAGAGGAGUCUUACAACUGAAAGGACGCAACACAGCAACUUACUGUGCUGUAAUCACAGGCACUGGAGAACUUACCUUUGGCUUGGGAGACAUGGAAAUCCACCAGCAGAUAACAGAGCAAUAUGUGUCACAGUUCAAGGAGAAUCUGUGCUUGGCUCCAGUGAUAUGCAUUGAUGGGAAUGUGCCAGUUUCUACCAUUGAGUACAUCUGUCAGAUUGCCAGAGAACAUCAAUUAGCAGUGUACUAUGAACCCACAGAUGUGAACAAAGCUUCAAAGCCUUUUCUUUCAGAGAGUUGGAGAGGUCUGACCUGCAUAUCUCCCAACUUUCGGGAACUCCGAGCCAUCAGUCAGACCCUGGGAAAUCCUGUGCCAACAGAUCUACCAUCAAAGAUGGAGGACAUUAUCAAGACUGCUAUUGCUCUGGUUUAUCCUUUAUUGAGAGGGCUACACUGUGUGGUAGUAACUCUUGGUCAACAUGGAGUCCUGCUGUGUGGCCGAAGCAAGGGUGGAAGUGUCUCUCUGCACCCUCAAACAUGCUCUGAG